UGCGGCGCUUUCGCGAGUUUUCUCAUACCAUCUCAGGAUGGUCUUUUCCAAGGUUGCCAUAUUGUUUGUUUUUCCUUCUAUAUUUUCCUGUGGAUUACAGCUAAUCCUGUAGGCAUUACUUCACUUCCUUUUGUCUAUACAUUAACACAUACUGUCCUAGUCUCUAUAUUCAGUCCAUUUGUACUCUUCUUUGCUGUAUUCGGUGUUCCUCAGAUUUGUGUUGAUUCAUUCACCUCUGGAUUUAUGUUUUCGAAUAUAUCUGGCAACCCCGGUCUCUGCUCGCGAGCUGUAUAAUGGCGGCUUCAGCGAGUUGUAGGUUGUCUGCUGUUGCUAAGGAAGUAAAAAAAAAAGUUUGCUGUCAUGCGAGGAGCUGCCUAGAGCUGUAACCGAGCUACAGAGCUGUGAUUGAGACUCCACAUACAGACCCAGCACUGAGAAUGUGAGCGUAUAAGGAUAAUGGCACUUGUUUGUGUCUGAAAACAAGUGGGAGAGUAGGAUGAAUGAGAAUGAAGACCUCAUCGUCCCAUUCCAACCUGUUGGAGUUCAGUCAGAAGAAGCACUCUGCAGGAAUGAUGCAGCUAACUUCAGCAUAGAAGUGGCAAAUGACAGAAGCAGUAAAGAACAGCUCAGUGGUAAGAAGUCAUCUAACGAAGUGCUCCAAACCCUUCAAGAUGAGCAAAGGGAGCAAGACAAACCUGGUCCCUACAUGCCUCGUCCACCUUUGCUUCCCAAGCCUCUUGGCAUGGCGAAAGGAAGUAGGAACAUGUCGUUUGAGGAAAAGAAAAAGGGAAGACGAUUGAGGAGCAGUCAGGAGAGCCUCACCGAUCCAGCGGAGAUGACCUCUUCGACUGACUCCCUUAGGGAAGUCUCCAAUUUUUCUGCACCUAGUAGCCAUAUGGUAUUAAAGAAUGGCCAGGACGCUGGAGGAAGUAAUUUUGAUCAAGUGGCCUGGCAAUCCCCACCAUUCUGGGAUCGAUGUAACAGCUUCCCUGAGGACGACAGAUGUCCUUCUGGCCAAGGCCAUUUUUCUGGGCAGCAUCCUAAACCUUCCAAAAUUAUUCUUUCCCCGCUGCAGCCUGCAGGAACUUUUCCUCCACUGGAGUACAGCAUCGCCGCCAUGUCCUUAAGGACUGCUAAUCAGAUUGACAGGGAUUGCUUGGAUUAUAGGAAUGGGAGCCUGCAAGAGAAGUUGCAAAAGAACCUCAGUGACAGCCAGCUUUGGGACACAAUGGUGUCGGACAGAACCUCAGUCAAUUCCAUGAAGUCAGCCUUCAGUGUGCUCAACCCAAUCCGGCCCAAGGAUGUGAGGAACAGGAGCUUUUUGGAGGGCAGUGUGAUGGGCAACGGAGCCUUACUCGGAGCUGAAGAGCUGGACCGGUACUUUCCGAGCAGGCAAAUUGGGAUUUAUGUUGCCACUUGGAAUAUGCAGGGAGAGAAGGUGAGUUCGAGCUUAAGUGCUGUGACACAAAGACUCAAUAUCAUUGACAUGCACGAAAUAUUUUAUAUUAAUGGUGAAUAUUGCAUGCAGGGGCUUCCGAACAACCUAGAUGACCUGUUGCUCCCUACAGACACCGAUUUUGCACAAGACUUCUAUAUCAUUGGGGUUCAAGAAGGAUGCCCUGAUAGGAAGGAAUGGGAGAUCCGUCUGCAGGAAACUCUGGGACCGUACUAUGUGAUGCUGUAUGCCGCUGCGCAUGGAGUGCUUUAUCUCACCAUCUUCAUACGCAGGGACCUCAUAUGGUUCUGUUCCGAGGUGGAGCAUGCUACCGUCACCACUCGGAUCAUUUCGCAGAUUAAGACCAAAGGGGCAGUGGGCAUUGGCUUCACUUUCUUUGGGACAUCCUUCCUCUUCAUCACAUCUCAUUUUACUUCGGGAGAUUCGAAAGUCUAUGAAAGGAUACUGGACUACAAUAAGAUAAUAGAAGCUUUAGCUCUUCCCAGGUGCCUUCCUGACACCAACCCUUACCGUUCAGUUGCCUCGGACGUGACCACCAGAUUUGAUGAAGUCUUCUGGUUUGGGGAUUUUAACUUCCGCCUUAGUCAAGACCGGGGAAGAGUGGAGGAUAUUUUAAACCAACUAACCGUGAAAAACAUGGACGCCCUCCUCCAGCAUGAUCAGCUUUGCAAAGAAAUGAAAGACGGUUCCAUCUUUAAAGGAUUUCAGGAAGCCCCAAUCCACUUCACUCCCACGUACAAGUUUGACAUUGGCUGUGACGUUUAUGACACAACACCCAAGCAGAGAACUCCAUCAUAUACAGAUCGAAUCCUUUUUAGGAGCAGACAAGUAGAUGACAUCAAGGUGGUUAAGUAUACAUCCUGCUCAUCUAUCAAGACCUCAGAUCACCGGCCAGUCAUUGGCAUGUUCCAGGUCAAGCUCCGGCCUGGUAGAGACAACAUUCCGUUGGGAGCGGGCUUGUUUGACCGAGCCGUGUACCUGGAAGGCAUCAAGAGAAGGAUUACGAGAGAACUGAAGAGGAGGGAAGCCAUGAAGAACCAGAGCAACAGCACUGUCUGUUCUAUCUCCUGAUCCAGGGUCAGCAGGUGUCAGACCAUAUCUUCCAUAUUCUGAGCUACUGACUCAGGAAGCUGGACUUUCAGGACCAAAGGGAAGCUCAGAACUGAGGGAGAUGUAGCGUUUGACUCCCCAUCCAGGAACAUACACUCACUCACUCACAGGAGCUUGAAAAGAGGCUGUGCCUUAUCGUUCAAGGUCUUGGGUUUGAGCUGUAAAUGUCCAUGAGAACACUACACAUUCUGUAGAAAGUGGUGAACAUAUAUGGCUGAGAAUGAAGGGAAUGUAAAAAUGACCUCUUUAUAUCUUGUGCACUACAUUUUACCUAAUGUCUUUGAGUUUUUAUAUUAAUGUGUCAGCUUAUAUUUAAGAUCAAAUGAAAGAUUUGUCAUACGACUCACAUUUUUCAAACUAAUACAGUGUUCAAUGGCCUUACAUGGAUAAAUCAGCAGCUCAACUAACAAACACAGAUUUGCUACAAAUACUAAAUUAUUAUUAUUUUUUAAAUAUUUAUUUUACGGAUUUAGUGUAAAUUCGGCCAAAAUGUAGUUGGUAUCUGUAACAAUGGAAAUGUGACCUAGAGAAACCACCUUGCGUUUCUUUAGCCAGAAAUUGUCUUCUUGCAGCAGUGUGAAUGGGAAAAUCCAAGUCAUACUGAACACAAAGUCUCAUCUAGGACUCACGUCCAUUGCCUUAACUUCUUAUACAAAAUAAUUCAGCCUUUUACUUGAUGUCAGCUGGCUAUUUAUAAAGGACUAAGGACUGAUUUUGACUAAGUAACUAUAUUCCUCUUGCAUGGGCCACAAAUAAAUACGUAACCCUAAAUCAUGCUUUUGUAUUACAUUCCUCACUGUUGAUGGAAAGUGCCUGAAAUCCUGUUUAUGAUUCCUUUUGUUGCUUUUCUAGAACAUUGUUUCAACCUAAACAAGCAUAUUUUUAAUGUUUACAGAGUUAUUUAAGUAACAUGACGCUAUGACUGAAUCUACACUCAUCUAAAUGUUUUUU